AAACCAAAGCUCAUGACUGUUCUUUGCUCUCAUAUGCGUGCUAGCUUGCCAUGUCAUGACUUGCGCUUAAGCGGUAACCUGCAGCUUCUUAAAGAGCCGAAUUUGUCCGCAAGUGGCUUGGAGCGAAUCGUCAUCAGAAUACUCUUUUGAGAUCCUUUCACGCACAAAAAUCAUCCUGUGAACCAUCCCCUUUUCUAGCGCCAUCUUAUCUUCUUUGACAUGGAUUUCAAAUUGUCCACAUCAAGCCAAAGCCUGACCCGUGCCACCUGUUCGUUCUCGAUCAAGUCCAAUGAGCACACCGUCGUUGCAGUCAUCGGGGUAGGUUAUGUUGGAGAACACCUCUUGGAAGCCUUCUCGUCCGCUUUCCCCGUCAUUGGCUACGACAUCUCAACUUCACGAAUUGAACAUCUGCGUUCAAAGCACUCCAAAAGGACUAAUGUCAGAUUCUCGACCGAUGAGAAAGAUUUGCAGAGCGCAUCGCACUUCCUCAUUUGUGUCCCUACACCACUAGGGUUAAAUAACUCAAUCGAUGUUUCCCAUGUUCAAAACGCAGUGACUAUGCUCUACCGCCAUGUUAGUAAUAAGUCUAUCGUGGUGAUCGAGAGCACUGUCGCAAUCGGCAUGACAAGGGAACUGCUUGAACCACUCGCCAGGCUACGUGGUAUAUUUGCUGGAAUGUCGCCACAGAGGAUAGAUCUUGGCAGAGUCGAGCCUCCGCUACGAUCAAUACCUAAAGUCGUCUCAGGGCUAGAUGAUAUUGUUCCAGGGUCGUUAAGCGCCAUUGAAAGCUUAUAUCGGGCUGUGUUCAACACUAUCAUCUCAGUUAGUAAGCCUGAAGUAGCAGAGAUGUCAAAACUAUACGAAAAUUGUCAGAGAACAGUAGCUAUCGCUUACGCUAAUGAGAUGGCGGACGCCUGUAAGGACUUAGGAAUUGAUCCUUUUGAAGUGGCGCAAACGUCUGCUACUAAACCUUUUGGAUAUCUGCCUAUGUACCCCUCACUAGGCAUUGGGGGACACUGCAUACCAGUAAAUCCAGUAUAUUUUAUGUCGACUUGCAGAUUACCACUGCUACAACAAGCUCAUGAACGGAUGAUGGCCCGCCCUUCACGCAUCGCCAAUCAGCUCCUUAUCUCAAUACUAGAAGAUACCCAUCAGAAGUACGGUGUCACAAAACGGCCAAAACUUCUAGUAGUUGGACUAGGAUUCAAGGUUGGACAAUCGGAUAUGUCUAAUUCCCCUGGCUUACAGCUCCUCAACUUUAUGCGCCAGUCGGGCGAGGUGGAUUUAAUGUUUUGCGACCCAUUGGGAUACCGCAUGACACACCCUAGAUAUUCUGGUUCAAAAGUGUGCCUUCAUAACAAUGGACUAGCUUGCGACGGCUCUGGAUGGCCUCCGGGCUUUAAUACAUCAGAGACUUCACGACCAAAGAUCGGGGAAGUUCCAUAUGGAAAAAGCCUACAUCGUUGUACUGUGCAAGGCACGCUUGCGCUUACAUACGAUGAUGGCCCUUCACCAUGGACUCACGAUUUAUUGGACAUUCUCAAGGCAAAUAAUGUGAAAGCUACUUUCUUUGUCAAGACUAUCAAUUUAUAUGAAGAUUUAGUCAACCAUCGCAGUGACCAGAAACCUGCGAUCAUCAGAAGAAUGUACAAUGAGGGACAUCAGGUUGCUGGACACACUUUUGCCCACAAAAACCUAGAUAAUUGGCAAGAUAGGGAACGCAUGGUGGACAUGACAAAAAUGGAGAUGGUGCUCAACGAUAUACUUGGCUUUUUCCCGACUUACAUGCGACCGCCAUUUGGCCAAUGCGGUCCUGCGUGUCAAAAACAGAUGGGAGAGCUGGGAUACCAUGUGAUUUCUUGGGACAUGAACCCUCGAGACUGGCAAGGCAACUACACCUACGCGGAAGAAGUUUUUGUCGAAAAAAUUCAGAAAAACAACAGUCAGAACAAGAAAGCGUGGUUGAAUGUAGCGCAUGACACACAGAAUCGUACGGUAUAUACCUUUACUCAGUUUAUGAUUAACAAAGCACGAGAGUACGGUUACGAGCUAGUAACGGUCGGAGAGUGUAUGAAUGACCCAGAAGAAAAUUGGUACCGAGAUCCCUUAUCAGGUAAUAGGCCUCUUAUACUUCCUCCAAAAGAGGUAAUAUAGUGUCCACAUGUUGCACUCGUAGGUGCUUCAUUAUAUAACAAGGAUGAUCGCAUAUAACUAUAGCUCUCUAGUAUCUACUCUCUUAAUUCU